AUGUGGACACUACCGAAGCCAAAAUAUAGAACUGGUUUGUGCGCCGAGGGGGAGAUUGCUGUGAACAUUGGCGGAGUCCGAGUGGUGCUUUUUGGGGAUGUUUUGAACCGCUAUCCGGACAGCAGACUGGCGGAGUUGUUGAAUUGCUCAACUCAGAAUUACGAAGUUAUCACGUCGCUUUGUGAUGACUUCGAUCCGGGCAGGAAAGAGUUUUACUUUGACCGAGAUCCCGAUGCCUUCAAGUGCAUCAUCGACGUUUACUAUUUUGAUGAAAUCCACAUCAAACGCGGCAUCUGCCCCAUCUGUUUCAUCAAGGAGAUGGAGUUCUGGAAAAUAGACCAAAGUGUUUUAGAUGAGUGCUGCAAAAGUUACCUAAGUGAGAAGGAGGAUGAGCUGAAGGAGAUUGCAAACAAAGUCAAAGUCAUUCUGGAGGAUCUGGAGGUGGAUCAGUGUUUUACGCGCAGCCAGCGGUGCCAGAGGUUCCUGUGGAAACUGAUGGAUAAGCCGGAUUCCUCCUUGCCGGCGCGCAUUAUUGCCAUCGCAUCCUUCCUCUCCGUCCUGGUUUCGGCGGUGGUGAUGUGCAUGGGGACCAUCCCGGAGCUCCAGGUGGCGGACGCCGAGGGAAAGCUAGUGGAGCACCCGGCCCUGGAGGCGAUCGAGACCGCCUGCAUGUCGUGGUUCACCGCGGAGUACCUGCUGCGUCUCGCCUCCUCUCCGAACAAGCUGCACUUCGCGCUCUCCUUCAUGAACAUCAUAGACUUUAUGGCCAUCAUGCCUUUCUACGUGGUCCUGUCACUCACCUACCUCGGCACCACAUCCAUGAUGGAGCUGGGUAACGUCCAGCAGGCUGUCCAGGCGCUCCGCAUCAUGCGCAUCGCGCGUAUUUUCAAGCUGGCGCGCCACUCCUCCGGCCUGCAGACUCUGACCUACGCGCUCAAGAAGAGCCUCAAAGAGCUCGGACUGCUCCUCAUGUACAUGGGCGUAGGGAUCUUUGUGUUUUCUGCGUUGGCCUACACCAUGGAGCAAAGCCACCCGGAGACCCUUUUCAGGAGUAUCCCGCAGUCUUUCUGGUGGGCCAUCAUCACCAUGACCACGGUGGGCUACGGAGACAUCUACCCCAAAACUACGCUCGGCAAGUGCAACGCGGCCGUGAGCUUUCUGUGCGGGGUGAUAGCCAUCGCUUUGCCCAUCCACCCCAUCAUUAAUAACUUUGUGGUUUUCUACAAUAAACAGAAAGUCCUGGAGACUGCGGCGAAGCACGAGGUGGAGCUGAUGGAGCUGAAGUCUGGCAGGGACGCGCGCAGAAAAAGCAGGAAUUAAGAUGAGUGUGGACUGACGGUUUGCGCAAGUAAAGACUGAAAGGGCAAUUUCAUUCCUGAAGUCAAUGUGAAAAAGUCCAAAUCUAAUGCACCAAAAACAAACAUCUAAAGCGAAAGUUAUUUGACUAAAUAUGGUAGCUCAUGACCUUGACAUUAAGACAGUGGGACUUUCUCUGGA